GCGGAGAAGAAGAUUUGACGGACCGCAGUCAAAUGUAAACACAAUGUAAAAGACAUGUAAAUAAGUCAUAGCUCAUUUAUCGACAUUUAAUUUUUUUUUGGACGUCCUUGAAAGUAUGUCGAGGCUUUCCCUGUUCGUUCGCUUCAUUUACAACGGCCUAGCGAGUGGAGUGCCACGGAACAGCUCCCCCGGGGUCUCCUCGGUGGUGAAACCGCCCCCCGGUGCACCGACGCGAGUCGCGGUUGCCGGAAAGAAGGACCUGGUCGACCUGGUCCACCUGGAGGAAGACGAACUGGAGGAGCAGUUCGUAAGGGGCUCCGGACCCGGGGGGCAGGCCACCAACAAGACCAGCAACUGCGUGGUUCUGAAACACAUCCCCUCUGGGAUUGUCGUCAAGUGUCAUCAAACUAGAUCAGUGGACAUCAAUCGAAAGCGAGCGCGGGAAAUAAUGCAACAAAAACUGGAUGUUUUCUACAAAGGAGAGCACAGCGACAUCCUGGUAAGAAAGAAAGAGGCUGAGGUCAAGAAGCAAGACAAACGCAGGAGAGUCAAAGAGAAUCUGGAGAGGAAGAGACUGUUCAAAGAAGGCCUCCAAGCCCAGAACACUCCUGGGAAGGAAACUGUUUGAAAUCAACAGGGACACUUGAAGCAUUAGGAAUCUUUUUUUGCCUUCCCAAGAAUGCAAAAAUGAGACAAUUUUUAUGAAAACACUGUCUUGAUUUUUUUCUUUUUUAUGUGUU